AAUUGAGUUCGCUAGCAAAUGGAGCGAUGCAUCCACCAAACCAAUAUUUCCUCUCUUUUUCCCUCGAAAUUGGUUAGCAAUUCACUUGCAUCGCACUAAUCCUACAGACAAUAAUGGACAUUGCAAGUUGUGCACUGCUCAUUGUCUUGACAUGUGCCAUAGUUCAUGCUCUUCUUGGUUCAUUCCUUGCAAUGGCCACAAAAGCAAACCAUAAGCUGCCACCGGGACCAUCCCGUGUUCCCAUCAUAGGUAACCUCCUUGAAUUGGGUGAAAAGCCUCACAAGUCAUUGGCAAAGCUUGCUAAGAUACAUGGCCCAAUAAUGAGCCUAAAGCUUGGACAAAUAACCACUGUUGUUGUGUCUUCAGCACAAAUGGCCAAAGAGGUGCUUCUAACCAAUGACCAAUUCUUGUCAAACCGAACCAUUCCCCAAUCCGUGUCAGUUCUAAACCAUGAACAAUACAGCCUUGCCUUCAUGCCCAUUUCACCUCUUUGGAGGGAACUCAGAAAAAUAUGCAACACUCAGUUAUUUGCCCACAAGUCUCUUGAUGCUAGCCAAGAUGUUAGGCGUAAGAUAGUGCAGCAACUAGUCUCCGAUAUCCAUCAAAGCAGCCAGAUAGGUGAAGCAGUGGAUAUUGGAACAGCAGCAUUCAAGACUACCAUAAAUCUUUUAUCAAACACUAUCUUCUCUAUGGAUUUGAUUCACUCUACAGGUAAAGCAGAAGAGUUCAAGGACUUGGUGACCAAUAUCACAAAGCUGGUUGGAACACCAAACUUGGCAGAUUUUUUUCAAGUGUUAAAGUUGGUUGAUCCACAGGGCGUCAAAAGGCGGCAGAGUAAGAAUGUAAAGAAGGUGUUAGACAUGUUUGACGACUUGGUUAGCCAACGGUUGAAGCAGAGGGAGGAAGGGAAAGUCCACAAUGACAUGUUAGAUGCCAUGCUCAACAUUUCGAAAGAUAACAAGUACAUGGACAAGAAUAUGAUUGAACAUCUCUCACAUGAUAUAUUUGUUGCGGGAACAGAUACAACAGCAUCCACCCUUGAAUGGGCAAUGACUGAAUUAGUCCGCAACCCAGAUGUAAUGUCAAAAGCAAAGCAAGAGCUUGAGCAAAUGAUUAGUAAAGGUAAUAAUCCUAUAGAGGAAGCAGAUAUUGGGAAACUCCCAUACUUGCAAGCAAUAAUAAAAGAGACAUUACGAUUGCACCCGCCAGUUCCAUUUUUACUGCCACGAAAAGCUGAUAAGGAUGUGGAUAUAGGUGGCUACGCCAUCCCAAAAGAUGCACAAGUCUUGGUUAAUACGUGGACUAUUUGCAGGGACCCUACAUUAUGGGAAAAUCCAAGUGUAUUUUCACCAGACAGGUUUCUAGGAUCUGACAUUGAUGUCAAGGGACGGAAUUUUGAGCUUGCACCAUUUGGUGCUGGGCGCAGAAUAUGCCCUGGCAUGCUACUGGCCAAUAGGAUGUUGCUGUUAAUGUUGGGUUCCCUUAUCAACUCCUUUGAUUGGAAGCUUGAACAUGGCAUAGAAGCACAAGAUAUGGACAUAGAUGAUAAAUUUGGAAUUACCUUGCAAAAAGCACAGCCCCUUCGAAUUCUUCCUGUUCCUGUCAAAAUAAACAACUAGAGAGUUGUUCAUCUCUAUGUUUCCAUCAGGAGUUAUUAAAAGAAAGUGAAUUCCUUCAAGGUAGAAAUGUCUAAGACAGACAUUACCUAUCAAAACAUUACUCAAUUUUCUCUUUUUUCAGCACCUCUUUUUCUUUCUUUGGGUUCAAGCACGUAUCAUUGUUCUAGCAAAAGUUACAUUAAUCCCGAAAAAGAAUUUCACCAUCCA